AUGACUAUCCUUAUUUACAUUUUUCCCCAGACAAGGGACAAUUAUAUCCGCUCCUGCAAGCUUCCUCUGGGUGGGGAGGCCAGCACACUCACCAUAUGGGACUUGGCCUCUCCAACCCCAAGGAUCAAGGAUGAACUGACCUCCUCUGCCCCUGCUUGUUAUGCCUUGGCCAUUAGCCCAGAUGCCAAAGUCUGCAUCUCCUGUUGCAGUGAUGGGAACAUUGCAGUUUGGGAUCGCCACAAUCAAACACUGGUAAGGCAAUUUCAAGGUCACACAGAUGAUGCUGGCUGCAUAGAUAUAUCCCACGAUGGUACCAAACUCUGGACCGGUGGCUUAGACAACACACUGCACUCCUGGGACCUUAGGGAAGGAAGACAGCUUCAGCAGCAGGAUUUCACCUCCCAGAUAUUUUCCCUGGGUUACUGCCCAACAGGCAAAUGGCUUGCUGUGGGCAUGGGGAGCAACAAUGUAGAGGUAUUGCACCACACUAAACCUGAUAAAUACCAGCUUCACCUUCAUGAGAGCUGUGUGCUGUCGCUGAAGUUUGCCUAUUGUGGGAAGUGGUUUGUGAGCACUGGGAAAGAUAACCUUCUCAAUGCCUGGAGGACUCCCUAUGGAGCAAGUAUAUUCCAGUCCAAAGAAUCUUCCUCCGUUUUAAGCUGUGACAUCUCAGCAGAUGACGAACACAUUGUAACAGGCUCUGGUGACAAGAAGGCCACGGUCUAUGAGGUGAUCUAUUGA